GGAGGUGGCGGCGGCGGCGCGCGCUGCGGGCAGUGAGUGUGGAGGCGCGGACGCGCGGCGGAGCUCGAGCUGCUGCAGCUGCUGCAGCCGCCGGAGGAACCUUGAUCCUCGCGUUCCGGACACCCCGGCCUCGCCAUGGCUGACCAGCUGACCGAGGAGCAGAUCGCAGAGUUCAAGGAGGCCUUCUCCCUCUUCGACAAGGAUGGAGAUGGCACCAUCACCACCAAGGAGCUGGGGACGGUGAUGAGGUCCCUGGGACAGAACCCCACUGAGGCAGAGCUGCAGGACAUGAUCAACGAGGUGGACGCGGAUGGGAAUGGGACCAUUGACUUCCCGGAGUUCCUGACCAUGAUGGCCCGAAAGAUGAAGGACACGGACAGCGAGGAGGAGAUCCGAGAGGCCUUCCGGGUCUUUGACAAGGACGGCAACGGCUACAUCAGCGCAGCCGAGCUCCGCCACGUCAUGACGAACCUGGGCGAGAAGCUGACCGACGAGGAGGUGGACGAGAUGAUCAGAGAGGCCGACAUCGACGGGGACGGCCAGGUCAACUAUGAAGAGUUUGUACAGAUGAUGACGGCCAAGUGAAGGCCCCUGGGCAGCUGGUGAUGCCCGUUCUCGUGAUCUCUCUCUUCUCGCGCGCGCGCUCUCUUCAACACUCCCCUGCGUUCCCCGGUUCUAGCAAACACCAGUUGAUUGACUGAGAAUCUGAUAAAGCAACAAAAGAUUUGUCCCAA